AUUCUGCUAUGAAAUUAUGAUGCCUGGCAGGGGGGGAAGGACAUUAUUUCUGACACUUUGUCUCAUUGACAGUGAGUUGGAGGAGUCGCUCCUAGUUCUGCUGUUUUCCCUUGUCCCUGAUGCACUCGCUCUUUUCCGGGACUACAUCCGGCAAGGUGGGGAUGUGGAGCUGACUUGUCGCUGCCUCUUUUUCCUUCUAAGGAUUCAAUUUGGGCAGAUCACCAGUAAUCAGAUGCUCCUUGGGGUAAAUGAAGAUCUAAAAAACUGCAUCAUCUCCUGGGUGGCUGAAGUGCGGGACAUGAUGGGAGUGAAUAUGGCUGCCCUGCAGUUCCUGAAGAGGGAGGUUGGAGCCAAAGAAGAGGUUCAGUUCUUUGCUGAUGCCACAGAGCGCUUAAAAGGAGAAAAAGAGGAAGAGGAAAAAGAAUGAGAAACUGCUCCUCGCAGUUGUGUGAUCAUCGCAGGCUGCUGGGAAAGGACAAUAAUCUGGUUCUGUAUUGAAUCUCAUGGCCUACCUGUAAGAUCAGCGUCAGACUGGGAUGCCAGAGCCACCAAAAAUCCUUAGACAGGCCCAAUCUCCAGAUACUGUUUCCUUGUCCUUAUCCUCCUACUCUCUUCUCUUUACAUACUCUCCUCUAGUGCCUGGGACUGCCACCUGGGCCCCCAGGAGUUUUCUAGUAUUUUGAUGGGCCAGUUCAACACUGCUCUGAGGGAUCAGAACUUAUGAUGUAC